CAGCUUAGCGAAGAGCAGCGAAGCCGGGAAGGUUAUUUGUGUGCAUCGAGGUGGGGGGGUGGAGAUGAAUCCCUAGGCAGGCAGGGAGGGAGGCAAGCAUGGAGCAGCCCCCCAGCCUUUGCAUCAAGCUCGAGCCCCAGGAUCCAGAAGAGUCGCUGUUCCCAGAAGAGGCGGCCGAUUCGCAAAGCAGCGGCGAGCUGCGCUCCGGACACUCCCUGCGGCCCUCUGGGAACGGCCUCGUGCGAGGGACAGCCGUCAAGGACCCCUCUUCCCUCCUCUCCGGAGGGCGCAAGUACUCGGAUCACUGCGAGGAGCGGGCGUCGAGGCCCGGCAAGAGCCGCAUCCCCGGGCGCGACCACCGGCGCUACUACCAUGAGCACUGGAGGGCAGAGUACCUGAUGGACUUCAACGCUGCCCGGCAUGGCAUGAUUUGCAUGGUCUGCGGCAGCUCUCUGGCCACCCUCAAGCUCAGCACCAUCAAAAGGCACAUUCGCCAGAAGCACCCGUACUCCCUGGCCUGGAGCGCCCACGAGAAGGAGGUCAUCAUGAACAGCUGGGACGCCCACCUGGGCCUCGAGGCAGAGAGUGACGGAGCCAGAGAGCACCCCAAUGCGCCCGAGGUUCAGGAGGGGGGCCACGGUGGAGAAUUUCCGCUGAGUAGCAGCCGCAGGAGGCGCCGUGGCCCAGGACCCCUCUCCUCCCGUGGGGGGCGGCGGCCGUCCGGCCUGUCCUUGAAAGCCUCCCCGGGAGGGGAAGAGCAGAACUUGGAGCGCUACCUGAAAGAGUCCCUGCAGAGCUGGUUCCAGUCUGAGUUCCUGAUGGACUACGACCCUCAGGGCAACCGCCUCUUCUGCAUGAUGUGCGGCUCUUCGCUGCCCAGCCUCAACUUGGAUGACAUCAAGAGGCACGUCAUGGACGCCCACCCCAGCUCGCUUGGCUUCAGCCCCGCCGAGAAGGCCAGCAUCCUGGAGACUUGGAACGCCCGGGCCGUGGUCCCGCCUGCCGAGGGCACAGGGGAGGCACCAGUGGAGGCAGAGUCCGAGCCCUCCCCGCAGGACCUGACGAAGAAGGAGGUGGACCCUCCCACGUCUCCAGACCAGCCUACUGGCGAGGACGGCUCCGAGGAGGCCGGCGCUUGGGACUCGGAAGAGAGCGGCCUUCCCGCCCCGGCCCGGGGGAGGGACCACCGCCGCUACUUCCAGGAGCACUGGCGGGUGGAGUACUUGAUGGACUACAACGGGUUGCGCCACGGCCUGGUGUGCAUGGUGUGCGGGAGCUCCUUGGCCACGCUCAAGAUGAGCACCAUCAAGAGGCACAUUCAGCAGAAGCACCCGGACUCCACCCAGCUGAGCCACCACGUCAAGGCCCUCAUCGUGGAGGAGUGGAACCAGAAGGUGGCCCGCCUGGUGGACGCGGAAGACUCCUUGCCCGAAACGGACGGCGAGGCAGACAGGGUGGAAUCUCAGCAGGCUUGCAACCCCCCUUUGUCCCCUGAGGAAUCUCAAGAGGGCGGGACAAUGCCUGCAGGAGAGGAAGAAGAAGAAGAGGAAGAGGCCCCCGCAGCAGGAAGACUAGCUCCCUCUCAGCAAUCCUCGGAGGCUGCGUCUUCGCUGGCAGGUGCCCCGUCCCGGCGGGGUCAGCGCCGGAACUACCAGCCGCGCUGGCGGGUAGAGUACCUAAUGGAUUACGACGAGCAGCGGCACGGGCUGGUGUGUAUGGUGUGCGGGGGCACGUUGGCGACCCUUAAAGUCAGCACCAUCAAGCGGCACAUCCUUCAGGUCCACCGGUUCUCCCUGGAGUUCACGGCGCUGGAGAAACAGACCAUCCUCGAUGCCUACGCCGAAAACGGGCCGGCUCAGAAUCCCAGGCACCUGGGCACAAAGACCUCCCCCAGCCCGGACUCUGAGCCUGCCGACAUCAAGCCAAGUGUCCAAGGUGCAGGGAAAAUGGGGUUUGGUUACAAUUUGCCAGUAUGUACGGUGUAGCCCGUGGACGUGGACUGCCCUUGUGGUGGCAGGGUGGACUCCGUUGACCGACGAACUCAACUUGUUUGUUUUCCUCCUAAGGAUGACGGAAUUCCCUUUUGGAAUUCUCAGGUUUCGGAAUUCUGCGACUGGAAUCGGACAGUGCAGAAUUCUGCGACUGGAAGCAAAUAAUGCAGACGCCGGGGAAGUCUUGUUUUGCUUUGUCUUCGUUUCUCUCUGCACAGCAUCCGUUUUGAUUUGCAUGUUCUGUUCUAGUGACAAAGCGUUUUUUAAAGGUGUUUUCACACACACCCCAUCCCCAAAGCCCCUUUUCUCUGCACCUGGAUUUUUGUGUGCUCCCAACUAUUUUGGUAAGGUUUCGGAAAGGUAGGUAGGGUGGCGGGGGGAAGCUUCGGUAUUUUCUGA